AUGGCUUUCCUAAUGCGACGGCCGUUUGCCAUCACGGCGGCUCUGAAGCAAGCUACGCCUCGAGGUGCAAACACCAUUAGAUUCGUCCACAACACACCCUUGAAAGGCUCUUCAGCUGCCAAACCAUCGACACCUGCCUUUCCAUCAUCAAUUUUGGCCCGAUCAAAGCAGAGUUUCCAGAAUGCGUUCCGUCGCAGCUACAUGCAAGAAACCUACCGAGCUCCUAACCAGGGCGAAUUCACUUCGAAGCUUCUCUACGGUGCCGCCAUCGUCGGUGGAACUGUUCUUGCCACAAACCUGGUCUUCAACCGCGAAACCCGCGAGGAUGGCGGCAUGCCCGUUUACGAGAGACAGUACCUGAAUGAGACCUUUAUGCAUACAGGCCUGGGUCUUGGUAUCAUUGCUAUCGCUGCCCGUGCCUUGCAUACCAGUGGAUGGUCACUUCGACUCAUGUCGGCAAGCCCAUGGGCUGUUGUUGGCUUGGGUCUGGUUGCCAGCAUUGGUACCAUGUAUGGAACAUUGUACACCCCGCCUGAAAACUACCUACUUAAAUACGGUCUUUGGGCUGGUUUCAACGUUACCCAGGCUGCUCUCUUGUCGCCUCUGAUGUUCUUGUCUCCCGCUCUUCUUGCUCGCGCCGGUCUCUACACCGUUGGUAUGAUGGGCUCGAUCGCAUUCGUUGGUGCUACUGCCAAGCAGGAAAAGUACCUGUACCUCGGUGGUCCCCUCUUGGCCGGUGUUGCCGUUGUCGCUCUGUCCGGCUUUGCUCCUCUGGUCCUUCCGGCUACCGCUGCUCGCACAUUGAUGUGGUCUGAACGUCUUUGGUUGUACGGUGGGUUGGCUGUCUUUGGCGGCUUCACUCUCUAUGAUAUCCAGCGAAUUCUGUACCACGCUCGCCUUGCCGAACGUGGCCUGGUCCGGAGAGACCCCGUCAACGAGAGUGUCAGCCUUGAGUUGGACUUUAUCAACAUCUUUGUCCGCAUGGUCCAAAUCCUUGGUAUGCGAAACAACAACCGACGCUAA